AUGCCCACCGCAUCUCAGCUCAAGGAUGAGGGCAAUGCCCUUUUUUCUCAGCAGAAGUGGAAACAGGCACAUGCAAAAUAUACCGAGGCCAUCGCCCUGGAUGAGGGGAACGCGAUCCUGUGGGCGAACCGCGCCGCGUGCGGUCUCAACUUGAAACGGUUUCAGGAGGCUCUCGUCGAUGCCCAGAAGGCGACGACACUCGAUCCUGGCUACGCAAAAGCUUGGGCCCGCUUAGCUACCGCGCAGGACCGCCUUCAACAAGCCGCUAGUAUAGAGUCGUGGAGACGUGCCCUGGCCAGCUUACCUGCCGAGAAUCUGUCCCCUUCGGAGCAGAAGCAGAAAGAACAAUACACAGCCGCUCUGAAGGAGGCAGAAUCAUUCUCGAACUCGACACCGCGCGCGGUUUACUUCAAGGCCGGGGGAAAGGACCUCCCAUGGGACCGCGCAGCAGCCAUGAAGGAAGAUCUCCGGAGGAGGGGAGAGAACGGGGACACGAGCGCUUUCGCGAGUAGCGCGUGGGUGAUCCUUGGGGCACAUGAGAACUUUGAAGAGGGUAUGAUGGCCUUGAGAAGUUUCAAGAAAAUCCCCAUUGCAGGCCCACAGGGUUUCGCCGCGAUGGGAAGUACGCAGGGCCUUGAAUGCCUCUCGAACGGUAUUAUGCGGGAUCAACGAGUUUUCCAUAUCAAAGAUCAGAACUUCAUAAACAUGUAUAAUGAUCAAGCUACAUUCCAAGCAAAACGGUUUCGAGCUUGGACGACACAUAGUGCGGAGCAGAUCAUCGAAGAAGCCCAGAAACGCGUAAGGGAUGAAGGGUGGAACGCGACCAGACCGGCUCUGUCGACCACCGUUCGUGGAUUGCUCCUUCGUGGUUUUCUCACUGGCGGGCUGCAGAAUGACGUGAAAACCCAAGUCGAGUUUUACAGCAAGGUUCUGCACGUCCUGGAAUGGGGUCAGCGGACGUGGAAAAACGUGCCCCCGACUGAUCGUGGAACGAUUUUCGAUCACACCUUUGUUCGCGGCGUCCGCGACCUACAUUUGGAAGCGUAUAUGCAGGCAUGCAACUUGGACCCGAAGUCCAACAAGGAAUAUAGUUUUGAAAAGCUAUUCGAGGAGGCUCAAGAGCAGCUGGACGAUAUAAAAGAGCAUCCAAUCACCGGUGAAGUCGACCCAGGCUUUGUGAGCUCUUUCCAUGUCUAUCCUCAAGCGCACGCACUAGCGAUCAUAGCUUUCUACUACAAGAACCUCGCGCAGUACGGGCCCGACAAGGAUGUAGAGACGAUCAAAGAGCAUCUCCAUACGGCUGCAAAGAAUUAUCUCGCCGCUGCGCACACUCUUCCUCCUGAUGACGAGAAACAUGCGUGGUAUCUAUUCUGCGGGACCGAUGCUAUGUUCAAGUGCGGCCGACCUCUGAAGGAGAUAUUGCCCAUCGUCGAGGAGGUCCGGGAUGUGAUACCCAAAUACAAGGCUAUCUGGGAGAACUCGGCGCUCGCGCAGCAAGGUUUGGAAGCAAGGUUGAAUAUGCUCAUCGAGUUUGAAACCGAGGUAAGGAAAGCAUUGGACGAGGGAACCCUCACGAUGGAUUCGCAAGUUCACCCCGACUGGGCGUACGACGGCUAA